AUGCUCACAAAUAACUAUAUCGAGUCCUGGCACAAGCAAUUAAAAACAGUUUUCAUGAAAAGAUCUAGAAACAAGAGACUUGAUAAGCUUGUUUUUGUUUUAGUAUAUGAUGUUGAGUAUUAUCUCACACAAGAAUACGAAUGCGUCAUGUCAAACAAUGGUUUAAUGAGUUCUUUUACUAGACAACAAAGAAUACGUGAGAUGGAAGCUGAAGAAGUCGAUGAUGAUGACAGGGAAAUGAUGAUUGUUGCUUCUGGUACUGCAGAAGAUGUAAAUUGGCAAGUUCGGUCAUUUGUAAAUGAAAAUACAGCAUAUGUCAUUCAGGUUGCAGAGCCAAACUUGAUUAUUUCCUGCAUCUGCUUCGAUUAUCAGCAAAGAUAUAAACCUUGUAAGCAUAUGUAUUUGCUUAAAAUGCAUACAAACCGAUCUCUCUACUUCUUUCCACCUUCUGUCACAAGUACAAACGUAAUACAGUCAGUCUCUACCUCUGAAACAGCCACAAUCACACCAACUAUCAGUCGUACAUCUGCUUUUAUACAGCAAUGUAUUGACAUCAAUCAAACACUUUGGUAUGCAAACCAAGAUCUACUGACUAUGCAACAGUAUAUAACUGAAGAUGAUGGUCAGACUUUGGUUGAUGCAUAUCAAUGCUCUCUACAAGUCUUUCAGUCUAUAAAAAACAAAUAUGAAGUUCAUCUUCGCAGAUCUCAUACACGAGAAUAA